AUGGAUGUCUCUGGAAUUCUUGAGGAACACAAGAACAAGUUCAAGCCCAUUCAGGUUGAUCGUCUGAUCCCCACAGAGUUUGACCUCGGACUCCUCGCAUGCUUCGACAUGAACAUGCUGGACGACAACAGGCUCAGGGCUGGUCAGCAGUCCCGGGACAGAUACCUCAAGGAGCUUUCGCGCGAGGGCGCGCAGCAGAUGAUUAAUGAGCUCUUUGGCCUGCCUACGACUGUCGACGAGGACAGCGUCUACGCGACCCUCCCCAAGACCACCACCGUGCUGCCGCGCGAGAAGCCGAUUCCCAAGGAGAAGCCGCCAACGCGCUGGGAGAAGUUUGCCAAGAUCAAGGGCAUUCAGAAGCGCAAGUCUACGGGCAAGGUCUUUGAUGAGGAUCAGGGUGAGUGGAGACGCAAGUACGGGUACAAGGGCGUCAACAACGACGACCAGAAGCCGUGGUUGAUCGAGGUUCCGGGCAAAGCUGACCAGUAUCAGGAUCAGUACCAGGUCAGGCGCGAUGAGAAGAAGGCCCGGAUUGAGAAGAAUACACGCCGUAAUCAGAGAAACGUUGAGGAGAACGUAGCUGUGGAGAAGGGCAUGAAGCCCCAUGAGAUGCGCAAGCGCGAGCUGCACAAGGCUUUGGUUCUGUCCAAGCAGUCGACGGCUUCGCUCGGCAAGUUUGACACAAAGCUCAAGGGCGAGCCGAAGACCAAGGGCUUGAAGCGCAAGUUCGACCCCCUGGUCGGAAGCGCCGACAGCGAAAAGUCAAAGAACAUGGAUAUCCUCAACCGGGUGGCCAAGGGCGAAUCCAAGGCGACCGUCAUCAAUGUGCGCAAGGCCCAGCGCGCGGUUAACAACGCCAAGCGGGCGGCGGCA